UAUCAGUUCGAUCUCGGUUUAUCCUCGUGUUUUGAGUUCUGAAAAUAUUCCUUUCGUCUUUACCUACGAUGAUACAGUUUUACCAAGUUACAGAUGGCUUCUCUCGAAACUGGCACCUUCGAAAAAGAGGGCUAUCAUUCCAAACACUGGCGCGAUUCGAGUGAAAGGUUCAGUAAAGCCCGUCGAUGGUGGGCUGUUUGUUAGCUCAGAUGAGGACAGUUUUAUCGAUGCCGGAGAUUUCAAUAACGAAUGCUUGACCGACCCAGCGAAAUGCCAGUCUGGAUUCAGCUAUAGCUGCAAGCUGAAAUUUAAUAAGAUUGUGCGUUCCUAUAUUGAUCCUAAGUACAUUCUACACAGCGGAGACAAAGCCUCGGGUAUCUCAGCGUACAUUGUGAACAACAAUUUGUAUUUUGACGUCACAAUGAGUACGAAGGAAGACACAUUGAAGUGGACUGUCCGAGCACCUCUUUACACCAUCAGAUGGCAAAGAGUUGCACUGUCGUGGAGUCUUGCUAAAGGCUUGACACUUUACAUGGACGGUAAUUUCCGAGGAUCCACGAAGCUACCGAAGAGUGUUCCGAUUGUGUCUCGAAGUGGAAAAUCAGGCUUCAUCAUUGGUAAGAAGAUCAAGGACUCGAAACUUGGUUCGGCCGAGUUCGCCAUCAGCUCACUAGCUAUAUAUGAACGUUAUCUGACCGACAAUGAUAUGGGCGGCUUGUUUGGAGACAAGGGCAUGCCAUAUCCGGGAAUGAUACGAGAAAUUUGGCGCAACGUUCCGGGGUCGAAAAUAAGCGAUCUGCGUUCCAGCGCUUAUUACCCCAACGAUCCCUCAGAGAUUCAAAUAAUCGAAAACUUCGACGCGCCGUUUGAUUUGGACAAGGAUUAUGGGACGAAGAUCAAAGGUUACUUUGUACCCCCGGAGAGUGGUCCCUACACGUUCCAAUUGGCCGGUAGCGAAUCCGCCGAGCUUUGGCUCAGUGAAAACGGGCAGGAGAGCGGUUUAAAGAAAAUUAUAUCGUUCGCAAAUGGAGGCUCUCAUAAUCAAUGGAAUAGAUCACCAUCGCAGACGUCUAAACCGGUCAACCUUGAGACAGGACGGUACUACUUCGUAGUCGCUGUUCAGAAAGGAACAAGCUCGACCGAUAGUCUUUCUGCUGGGGUUAAACUGCCAAGUGGUAGAUUUAUUCGCCCAUUAACGAAGGAAACAUUGCAGUGGAGACGGCCAGGUAAUCAUUAUACUGGUCUUGUCCGCGAAGUCUGGAAGGACAUGGGGGGAUAUCAGGUUGCUGACCUUACUUCGAGCCCCAACUUCCCUAAUAAUCCCUCCAGCGUUGAAAUAAUUGACAACUUUGAUGCCCCUUACAAUGUUGAGGAUAACUAUGGAUCACGAGUGCGCGGAUUCUUUGUUGCUCCAGAAACUGGGGACUACAGGUUUUACCUUGCUGCUGAUAGCACUGGGGAACUCUGGGUCAGUUCUGAUGAAAGUGAGACAAAUCUUCGCAAAGUUGUUUCAAUCACUGGAUGGACCGAACACAACGAGUGGUUGAAGUAUGCUGAACAAAAAUCUGAGAAGAUUCCAAUGAAACAAGGGAAGUUCUACUACAUUACGGUGUAUCAAAAAGCAGAGAAACUUGGAGACUGUGCCUCGGUCGCUGUGGAGAUGCCCAGUGGACAUUUCGAGGGCCCCAUUAAGCAGAAACACUUGAGCUGGAAACUUCUUGAUGGCCGCACUGGACCGGGUCCUUCAUCGGAGUCUUCAGUUUUACCUAAGCCAGUCGGCUUGUUCCCGUUGGACAAGACGUUUGGUGCUAAAGACGUCGUGAAUCAAGAAAAUGUCGUACUUAAACAUGUCCAAUUGACCAACGGCCCAGACGAACGUAAAACUGCAUACGAGUUCACUGGAUCCGAAGACUCUUACAUUGAAAUUCCACAAACCAACCACCUGGACACUCAAUACUCGAUGACUUUGCUGGCUUCGAUAUUCCCCACUGGCAAGAACGGACCAAUAAUGCAUUAUUCCGCCAAGAAAUGGGGCGUUCAUCUCUGGCAGUACAAUGAGAACCAGUUGUUUGUCCGAUUUGUUAAACGAGAUGGAGUGUUCACGGAACCUCUAGCAGCCAGAGUAUUACAGCCUAACAAAUGGAAUGAAGUCGGUGCUUCUUACGACCAUCUGACAGGCGUUGCACAACUUUGGCAUGACGGCAAAAUGGUGGAAAGUCGUAAUAUUGGUCAAAUUGAAUUGCGCACACAGUUUCCAAUCAGAAUUGGUGCAGACAACCGUGAUAAAAGGCGGUUCAAAGGAAAAAUCUCUUGUUUGCAGAUCUACGAUCGAGCUUUGACUUCUGAACAAGUUGGUUCACUACGAAGCUGCCCCGUCAAAGGAUUUAAAGAUGGAAAAGAAAGCUCGAAAACAGGAUUCACUGCUCCAGUUUCCUCCGUGAAUCAAUUGCAAGAAGAGGACACGGAAGAUGAGAUUCAGGGUUCAGAGGUCACAUCUGCAAAUAAGUGUCGUCCAAACCCUUGCCAAAAUGCAGCCCGAUGUUUGAUUGAUAUGAAGAGAAUGGAUGGCUAUCGUUGCAAGUGUACUUCAGACUUCACAGGACAUCACUGUCAAGUUUCCAAGCCAGAAGCUAAGUCACCUAUCGUGAAAAAGGCCACAAUAUCUCGUCCAGAGGUGAAAACUGAACACAAGAAAAAGAUUACCGUAACAAAAUCCUUCCACGAUAAAAUCUCCAAGGAUAAGGAUGACGUGUAUCUCUUGUAUCAAAAAGUUGGCUGCUACCAUGACAACACACAACAACGCGAUUUGCCCACGGGCACCUCCGUCGAAUCUGUAACCCAGGAACAAUGCGUGAAAGAAUGCGCAAUGAAGGAUGAGACGUUCUCGUAUUUUGGUCUUCAGGAUGGAGACAAGUGUUUCUGUGGAAAGAACUACGGCAAAUAUGGCCGAGCAGAAGAUGGGGCUUGUAAUAAGCGCUGCAAUGGAAAUGAGGACGAAAAUUGUGGUGGAAAAAAAGAUAACAUGAUCUACUUCUAUGGAAUUGGUACGAACUACACCAUCCGCACCUACACUGGCAACGCCCCGGAUGCUGGAACCAAAGCCAACAUAUACCUCACCCUGUUUGGAGACAAAGGAGACUCUGGGUUCAGAAUGUUGAGUACGGGGAAAAAGAAAUACCAGAAAGGAAGCGUGGACACACAAGUACUCUCUCUACCAGAGCUCGGUGCCUUAAGAAAAGUUCGAGUGCUUCACGACAAUACUGGUGAUAAUCCUAGCUGGCUCUUAGAUAAGGUUGUGGUUGAGGACGAAAAUGGAAAGACCUAUGAAUUCUCUUGUAAUCAAUGGCUAAGCGAGAGUCGAGGCGGUGGCCGAACAGAAAGAUUACUCACCUUAAGAAAGAGAAAGCGAAGUCACAAUUAAUUUUGUUAAACCAAAGAAAGCUGUGAAAGUAUGUUAGCAUUUCUCGCUCUCAUAACUUCUGGUAAACCACAUCUCGCGCACAAGUAAGAAUAUAUAGAUGGCAAAUUCCAUCGCAGCUGUUUCACCAUAGGUUUAACCUUACUCUAAAAGGACAUUAUCUAUAGUGACCAUAAUUUCAGUAAAGCUAAUGGAAAAUUAUAUUUCAGCGCAGAUAUAAAGCGGAUGUCACCAGAGCAAUACACUAUUGAAACCAUAAUGGUUUUUAAUCAAUUGAAUUAAGUAUUUGUUUAUCAUUAUGAAAUGAAUUUUAUGUAAAAUAAUUAUUUAAUUGGAAUUGGUUAUAUAUCUAUGAUAAAGACAAGAAAAUUCAUAACCAUUUUUGUUAAACAAUUAAAUAUUUCCAUGAUGGGACAAACAUGAGUAAAAUUAUGUAUUGAU